UCGUUUUGUCAGGUAAUUGGUGAAAUGUUUUCGUUUUAGGCCUACAUUGUAAUUUUACCAUUUCCAGCAAGUACCUCAACCAAGUCUAAGCAGUUGUAUCUCGGCUCCAAAUCCUGUUUCAGCCACUGGGCUCUUGCAGCCUGCACAAAGUUUGCUGCAGCAGAAGUGCAUCGUGGAUUAGAAGUGGGAGCCCGGCGGGAUUCAUAGAUGUCCGCUCAGUUGGAAAGGGGCCUGCAGCUGGAGACAACCGCAGUAAAAUCCGAAGUCGCUGAGGGAGAAAUUGACGUGACAAGUGGUGACGGAUGCGUCGGACGACAGGGCUGCCGCGGGGACGGUGUGGAGAAAAGAGCGGGCCUGUCCCCAGAGCAACAACAGCAGAACCAACGCAAGAUGACCCGGAGCCCCAAAUGCGCCCGCUGCCGGAACCACGGCGUCGUUUCGUGUCUCAAAGGCCACAAGCGCUUCUGCCGCUGGAGGGACUGCCGCUGCGCCUGCUGCCUGCUGGUCGUGGAGCGGCAGCGCGUCAUGGCAGCGCAGGUCGCACUGCGGCGGCAACAGGCGGCCGAGGUGAGCAGAGCGCCAGGUCAGGGAAAGAGGGGAGUCAGGUGUGCAGCUCCGUUGCGGAGGACGGCAUAUCAGCGUUACACCAGAGCAGCCGAGCCAAGUAUCCUGGCUAAAAGCAUCCUGCAGGGGCUCAAACCAGCCGCGCCUCUGGAGGAUGGCGCCUCCUGCUGGUCCAAACAGGCACAGCGCGACCACACGCACCCCUCCUGUCCCUCAAUCAGCGCCCGGAUGAGGAAGAGGCGAGCCUUCGCAGACAAGGAGCUGGAGAACGUGAUGCUGGAGCGAGAGCUGAGGCAGAGAGAGCUGGAGAAAGACCUUUCCUUAUCUGCCUCUGCCCUCGUCCCCAUGCUUCCCCCUCCGGCCGUGCCUAUCUCCUCUAACCCUGGCCUCCACUGCUGCCCUCUUAACAAGGACCCCACUGCCGCGGGGAUGUCCGCCUACGUGCCUGUGUAUAAAUAUAAGCCUCUGUACGAGUGCGGCUUUCAAUUCUACCAGGAGCUUUUCCACCUGAAGGGCAGGUCUUCAACAGAUGGGGGUUAUACUCACUUCCUGCCUGUGUCGUGCCGAAACCCAGAGCAAACCAGGGAGGGGGAGGUGCAGAGCAGCUGGAAGGGCCGUGAGAAGAAAGAAGAAGCGCGCACAGAGUUUUUGCAUGUACCUUUACCAGUAAACCAACGCUAUGACAGUCACUGUAACAUGUCAGAUGCAGACCGUGAGAAAGCCCCUUUAAAGCAAACAGAAUUAAUGAGGACAAAUGGCGUUCUCACAGUCGCACACUCCAUUCUCGGCUCAGAUCGGGGCAUUCAGGUCGGGCCAGGUGUCAGUACACCCAGCAGGACUUUAAACCCUGAGCCUCUGACAGCUAAGGGCUGGUGUGCAGACUCUCCUGCUGCCCAGGCCAGUCCUCACACCAACUCUGUCAAGAGCCCUCACAGCAACUCAAUCAAGGCUCCCACUGUGAGGCCGUUACCUUUCUCCGUAGAGGCUCUGCUGAGGGCGUGAGAGGCAAAUGGAAAGCAGCGUGGCACGCUUUGUUUAUGUGCAGACUGAGACCGAGUUGAUGCAGAAGACAUGAAUAUAAAAAGUGGCUGAACUGCUUGCUGUGUUGCAGGUUGUGACACACCAUAUCUUCUCUUGACAGGGGUGUGGAAGGCUGCUGUACAGUAGCAUUUGGAGAAAUAUUUAAGAGCCGUCAUUGGCAAAAGCAAUUUCAGGUCUGUGAUUUACAGUGUUUGCAGUGUUUUUUUUUUUCUCCUAAAAAUCGUACUUUGUUAUAUUAUAAAAAUAAUUAAAAGUAUAACACUGAGAGAU